UCCGCGCAACCAUGGUCAGCUUGAUGCAAGCAGCUCAUGGAAUCGAUGAUGGCCUUACAUGGGGAAUAGGGGAUUUCUGCCUGUUGAUGGUAGAUUAAUCUACCGCGCCUGAGUCAUCAUAAUCUCAGGAGGCGGAAAACGACCCAUGUAGAUUUCAAUCCCCCAUGUCACUCCCCUCUUUCCAGCUUUCCGUCUUCACACGAAACGAACGGCUCUGAUUGGCCGAUUUCGUCCGUCCAUCGUACGAUCCGCAAACCGUUGAUCACGUCGGCGACAAUGAAUGUAGAGGCGAUCCUUCGCCGGCAUCCUUCCAAGAAGCUUCGUCGUGUUUUGGAGGAUCCUUCCGCAUUUAGAUUCCAGGUGCUCGUAUCAGAAGUGACUACUAACGCCAGCGGUCAGCCUUGUCUGCGUCGCCAUGGCUAUCGAGUGGAUCACGAAUACUUCUACCCUGCCAGCGCCAUAAAGCUGUGUGCUGCAGUGGCUGCUCUUCAGAAACUAACGGAAUACAGAGCUCAAGGUAUGCGCAUGUCGCUGCACUCGCCUCUCUCCCUCCUGCCUCUCUACUCCGGAGACAAGGAGCAGAGCAGCGACGCAUCUAACCUGAAUGGAGGACACAUCACGUUGGCUCAUGAGAUCAGGAAGAUGUUCCUGGUGUCAGACAACACUGCAUACAACAGGCUCUAUGCCUUCAUUGGACAAAGGCGACUCAAUCAAGCCAUGCACUCCCUGGGGCUCCGCUCCGCCCACCUCUCCCACCGCCUCUCCCUCGAACUCUCCCCUCUUGAGAAUCGGAGCUGUGAGCCCAUCCAAGUGGGCUCCACAGCGGAAGCAGGAGAGGGCAGUUUCUGCUUUGCGCCCAAGCACUCCCUGGGGCUCCGCUCCGCCCACCUCUCCCACCGCCUCUCCCUCGAACUCUCCCCUCUUGAGAAUCGGAGCUGUGAGCCCAUCCAAGUGGGCUCCACAGCGGAAGCAGGAGAGGGCAGUUUCUGCUUUGCGCCCAAAUGCAGCAGUGAGGAGGUGCCUCCAGUGCACGGAGUGAAGGGGCUGCUGGUUGGCGGUGCUUAUAUCGAUGCUGAUGGCACUAAGGUGGGUGUGCUUGUAAGGGGCGGGUCUCUGCAGGUCAACUCGCCCAUGGAUUUCUCCUCCAAGAACCGGUUGACUCUUGUUGACCUGCAGAACCUCCUCAUUCUUCUCAUGCGCCCAGACAUACAGCUGCCUGGCUGUGCACCAGUCAAGAUGGAUGAGGGCCAUCGCCUGCUGCUGCUGGAGGCCAUGAGGCAGUACCCUAGAGAGUCCCGCAGUCCUAAAUAUGCGGGCAAGGAGUAUACUGAUGAUUAUUGCAAGUUCUUUCUGCCCGGAUUGUGCCGGGUGCGGCAUAAGGAAGCUCUCCGUGUUUUCAACAAGAUCGGGCAGGCGUUUGGUUUCACUAUUGACAACUCUUAUGUCCUCGACAUAGAGACAGGGAGGGAGUUCUUCCUCUCUCUCGCUCUCUACACCAAUGCGAAUGGCUGCCUGAACGACGAUAAGUACGAGUAUGACCUGGCGUAUGACGUGGCUGCUGACGUGGCAGAGGCUGUUGCCCGGGCCCUGUGGGAUAAUAGCAGCAGGAGUCAAGACCUGGAUGGUGUGGUAGCUACCACGUCUGAUGAUGCAUCAGCCGAUGUGGCUGCUGAUGUGGCUGCUGACGUGGCUGCUGAUGUGACUGCUGAUGUGGCCGAUGCAGCAGCCAACAGUUUGUGCUCGGAGAAGGGGCUACCUGAUUCUCUCGCCUGCCUUUCGCUGAAAGGUGCCUCAAAUCCCACACUCCCAGCCACCUCAGCCACAGCUGCUGUCCCGGCUACGGCUGCUGUCCCGGCCACUUCAACCUCCCCUGCUAUCCCAGGUUCUUCUGACAAGGCACAACACAGCCGCUUAGAGCAGGAACUCAGCAAGGCCCUGCUUCCUGUGUACUCAUUCUUUGUCGAUGAAUGAUUGGCUUAGUAUGGGCGUGCCAAUU